CCUGAGACUGACGAUCCACGACAGAAUAACCUCUCUUUAUUGUAAUCUUCUCUUUCACCGCGGAUGUCUGGGUGUGAUACAGAGGCGUCGCCAAAAGCCCGACUCUGUGAAGCUUGACCAGACUUAUGAAGGGCAGGUUGAGGUCAGUGGUGAGCACUUUACUGUGGAGGAUGUGGAUGGUGCUCCUGGUGCCUUCCGAGCUUACCUGGACGUCAGUUUGGCGCGUACCACAACUGGUGCUCGUGUCUUCGGAGCACUAAAGGGAGCUGCUGAUGGUGCCAUUGACAUCCCACACAGCACUCGUUGUUUCCCUGGCUAUGAUGCCGAGAGAGAGAACUACAACGCUGAAGUGCAUCGUGACCAUACCCUGGACAAACACGUGGCUGACUACAUGACCUACCUUCAGGAUAAUGAUGAGGGCAUAUACAGUUCUCCCAUCAAGGAGGGCGUCACACCAUCCAAGGUUGAGGAGCUGUACAAGAAGACCCAUGCUGCCAUCAGAGCUGACCCAGAAGCCAAGGUUGCAGCCAAGAAGGAGGUGGAGAAGAAGAGAUGGAAUCGGGUGAAACUGUCCAAUGAACAGCGCAAGGCCCGUAUUGCACAGAGAAAGGCUGCAUACCUCAAAACCCUGGAGACAGCGGCUGCAUGA